AUGAGCGCUUUUAAUAUUUAACCGGGGAUCUUGAUCAUUUGUGAGCUGCAGCCUCUUCCCAGCCUCUUCCCAGCCCCCCCACGCAUCGCUGGUAAUAACGCAUCAGCAGUGCCCGGGGAUGAUGGCGUUUCAAUGAGAGGAGGGGGAGAGGAGGAGAGACGUGCACCGUCAUCAGCAUCUGUCCGCCAGCUCCCUUUGUGUUCACCGGAGAGCGUGAAUGGCGAAAGAUGACAUGGCAGAGGUAGAUUUGGCAUCAAACGGAGCGGAACCCCCCGGCGAGGCCUCCUCGGCGUUUCCCUACGAGGAGUACGAAUGCAAGAUCUGCUAUAAUUAUUUCGACCUUGACCGCCGGGCUCCUAAGAUCCUGGAGUGCCUGCACACGUUUUGCGAGGAGUGCCUGAACACGCUCCAUCUCCGGGAGGAGCGGCCAUGGCGCAUCAGCUGCCCCGUCUGCCGCCACCGGACUCCGGUGCCGGAUUAUCGGAUACAAAACCUGCCCAACAACACCAAGGUAACGGAGGAUUUCCCGCUCUACAUCGACUCGGACCCCCUGCCCCAGGACGCGCUGCCGCCGUACCCUCCCCCGCUGCACCCAGCACUCGUCGCGCUCCGCCGGGAGGAAGCGUCGGGGACGUCCAGCGUCAGCCAGGCGACCCCGUCCACCACCGUGUCCACCGCCACGACCCUCUCCCAGGACUCGGUGCGCUACGACAGCUGUCAGAGCUGCAAGAGGGUGGCGCUGACCACCGGCUGCGUGUGCGUGAUCUUCUCCUUCCUGUCCAUGCUGGUGCUGCUGUUCAUGGGCCUGAUCUUUGUGCACAGUCACAGCAUUCCUCCCUCGCCGGCGGGACCCAUUUGCUUGUCGGUAGCCAGCAUCCUGGCCAUGUUCUCUGUGGUCGUCACGUGGCUCAUCUGCUGGCUCAAAUACAGACCGGACCAUGAGACAGGCCGCUCAUCCGCCACCAGCAACUCCCGGAGAAACGCCUGACAGGCUGCCGGACACGCAGAGUGUCUGAUGAUGUACAUAAUACUGGCGACUGAUACUCCCUUUACUUUUUCUAGGAAUAAAUCUCGCCCAAAAAUGGCCUUUUAUCAGUAUAGCAAACACCCAAAGGCCUUCCUGCUGUUUGGAGCAAUAGGCCGACAUGAUCCGUGGUAAUCUUUUUCCUGAAGUUGUACACUGGAGUUGACAGUGAAGGUCCAGCUGACUGGACCUGUGCUUGUUUUGAUGACUGAAUGUGAAGUGCUAAUUUAUUUCCAGGGUUUCCCUCCCCUCCACAUCCUGCUAAAUGAUAUGCACAUCCCACUCUGCCUCUCACUGUAUGAUAAACUGUCCAUGAUCCACUCGUAUAUCUCAACACAGCACUAUUGUAUUGUACAGAUAUUUGCCAAUGUUCACUUCUGAGUUUCCAGGUGAUGGGUUUUUGGUUUUUACGUGAGAAGCCUCCAAAAUGUCUGCGGUUACAAAGAAGUCGUGUCCACAAUCCAAACUGUAAAUAGUCCACAGAGACGUGGUGAGUGUUACUGGAUCAGCCUUCUCUUGGAGACCUUCCUCACCCUUGUGUUUGAGCGUAUCCUCCAGUUUCCUCUGAACACUGCACCUCUCCCGGGUUCUGUUUCAAAGAGACAGCUUGUGGUUUUGACCCUGUGUUUGGCUAAUCUUGUGCAUGAUGGGCUCCUGAAAGGCUGUUUGUUUCUACUGUUCUUGUUGCUGGAUGAAGUGAAACUCACUGUGUUCAUCCUGCACAGGCGUCCUGCUCCAGACCGCUGGGUAUGAGCGGGGAUUUCCUCUUUCUGUCACAUCACUUACACAACGCAAGUUGAAAAACAGGGUUUCCAACAUGGAGCUGCCUCCAUAACCGGCACCUUUUUAUACUUAACAUGUUGGUCUUUGCAUGCGGAUUUGAAGAGAGGUGAGAGUAGAGACCUGUUCUUCCUUCAAAGCCACGUGUGAGAAUCCAUCUCUCGGCCGGGCCGGACAUGUGAACAGUUUGGUGUCACUCUGGUUCCUCUGAGAUUGUCAGGAGCCCCUGAGCUUUGUGGCUGAAAGAUAGAAACACUUAUUAUUUCAGUAGCUGCACUAACACAAUGCAAAUAUUACAUUUCCCUAACUAAAACUUGUUUUUCCCUGCAGAAAUGCAUUGUGGGUCUGCAUCAAAACAGUGAAAUCAGACCGCAGUGUAUUCAACAAAAACGUAUUCUGAACAUUACUGUGAACCGUGAAUGUGUGUGUGUGUGUGUAACCCUUUCUACAAUCUAUACAAUUAUUUAUUUAUUAUUCUUAAAUAUGGCUAAAAGUGACACGUUAUCUUCGGUGCAGAGACCCUCCUGUUGAGUUGCACCCCUCCCCUUCCUGUCAGCGUUUAGUUCACAAGUCGGAGAUGAUUGGGACCCCAACGUGGUUUAAUACUUGUUGCUCUUGCACACUCAUGUUAUCACUUCCUCACUGCAUGAGGAAAAAUGCAAAAUAAACAUGAAUCCUACCCCCCCCCCCAAACUAACUCCCAUGCUUGCUUCAAUCAUCCUGCUCAACCCUCUCCCCAACUUUUAAAUGAUGCACUUUCACCCUCCUAUUGGACACAAGUAACGGGGGUUUACCUUUUGUUAAAUGUAAGCAUAUUUAUUUCAGAGGACCUAGAACAUGUUGGUGGUUUUUAUGACAAUCUGUGGUUGUUGUUGACGUAUUUGCACAGAGAAAUGUUCUUUAUGUGCUGUUUUACAUACAUAAACACAUUUCAGUAAUAAAGGAAACAUGA